GGUGCACCCCAUUUCACAUAAACCCAAAAAUCUGAGGGUUUAGUGCUGGAAGUGGAUCCCAGGCCUGUCCAGGGUCACCAGGAACCCGCCUGGGGGGUGGAAUCUGUGGGUGACAUCGGUGACAAGUGGCUCCAGGGAGGCUGGGGUGACCCCUCCGAGGGGAAGGGAGGGGUCUGGGGGGUUUUUGGAGGACGGAGACACGUCGCUGCCACGCCCGACGUGCCCCAUCCCGGCAGGAUCACAUCCAGCAUCACCGGGAGGUCCACGUGGUGAUGGGCAACGAGGCCUGUGACCUGGACUCCACGGUCUCGGCGCUGGCCCUGGCCUAUUUCCUGGCCCAGAGCUCCCCGGCUCCCAGAGCCGCCGUCGUGCCGGUGCUGAACAUCCCCCGCGCCGACUUCGCGCUGCGGACGGAGACGACGUUCCUGCUGCGGGAUCGGGGCGUCCCGGCCUCCUCCCUCAUCUUUCGGGAUGAGAUCGACCUGGGGGGGCUGCACCACGCCGGGCUGCUCUCCCUGACGCUGGUGGAUCACCACGUCCUGCCCGGUGCCGACGCAGCCCUGGAGGAGGCCGUGGUGGAGGUGCUGGACCACCGGCCGCUGGAGCGGGAGCGCGGCCCGCCGUGCCGGGUGACGGUGGAGCCGGUGGGCUCCUGUGCCACGCUGGUGACCGAGCGCAUCGCCCAGGGCCCCCCGGGGCUGCUGGACAGAACCACGGCCGCGCUGCUGCACGGCACCAUCCUCCUGGACUGCAUCAACCUGAGCCCGGCCGCCGGCAAGGUGACGCCGCGGGACGUGGCGUGCGUGGCCCUGCUCGAGGAGAGGUUCCCCGAGCUGCCGCCCCGCGACAGCGUCUUCGGAGCCCUGCAGGCGGCCAAGUUUGACGUCUCAGGGCUGACGACGGAGCAGAUGCUGCGCAAGGACCUCAAGGUGAUCUCCGGCGACGAGCUGGUCGUCGCCAUCAGCGGCGUCUACGUGGACCUGGAGACGUUCCUGCUCCGGCCUGGCUUGCUGCAGGACCUGGACGCCUUCUGCCAGGCCCGUGGCUACGCGGGGCUGGUGGCCAUGACCGUCUCCUUCAACGAGCGCCACGAGCCCACGCGCAAGCUGGCCGUGUACAGCCGGUGCGAGACCCUCCGCGGCACGCUGUGCCGGGCGCUGGAGGAGGCGACGACGCCGUCCCUGCACUUGCAGCCCCUGGCCAGCCCCUGGCCCUGCGUGGGCGCCUUCGCCCAGGGCAACGCCUUGGCCUCCAGGAAGAAGGUGCUGCCCAUCCUGCGGGCAGCGCUGGGCGGCGCGGGGGGUCCCGAGGAGGAGGUGGUGCCCCCGCCCACCCCCAUGAACAGCCUGGUGGAGGAGUGUCCCCUGGCCCAGGCCGUGCCCCCGCUGUGCCCCCAGGACGUCCUGGAGCGGGUCAGCCGCAUCGCCACGGGGCAGCCCCCCGGCUCCCCCAAAUAACGCCGGGCACCCCGCGGCUCCGGAGGGCUGGAGGACAAGUUGGGGGGCCCUGAGUGGGCCCUGGGGGGUACCCGGGCGUGGUGGGGGGGGUUGCAGCCACCUUGGUUAGAGCUCAGCUCCUGCUCCUCGGUGUGAGUUGUGCCCCCAGCGGGCUCCCCACGGGCCCCCAGGGUGGGUUUUUGGGGGCAGCAGUUGCACGCGCUUAAUGAGGGCACUGGGGGGGGGGGGGGGGUUGGUUUUUAACGAGUUCUUGACGAGUUCUUGACGUUCUUCCCUCCCCUGGAGGGCUGUGAGGGGGCCCUGGAUGCCGGGUCCGGACACGCAGCCAGCCCAGGAUUGUCACCCACGUUUUCCAAGGAUUAAAUUCCCCUUUUCUUCCA